AUGCGCUUAGAAAAAAUGGGCGAAUUGUUACCGGCAUUUGAUGCGAUUCAGAAUGAGAUAGAAUUUUUGGCGGAUGCGGCUGAGUUGGAAAAUCAGUUUACAGAACGUCAGAAUUUCGAGGAUAAUUUUUAUAGGUUUUCAAUGUUAGCGCGUAAUUUACUGACAAAACAUAAUUUCUAUGAGCUAGAUAAUGAAAAAGAAUCUGUAAGAUCGACUGCUUCAGGUUCAAGUUCCCAUCGUAGUAAAAAUGAACACGUGGCUCUAAAAGCAUUGCCAAAAUUUCCACCAAUUCCAAUUCCUACCUUUUCUGGAAAAUCUGAAAAUUGGCUGGAGUUCAGGGAUACCUUUUCUUCUUUGGUUCACAAAAAUGAAAGAUUGGAUAAUAUAGAAAAAUUUCAUUUUCUUAGGGGCGCAUUGGACGGAGACGUAAAACAGUUUAUUGGCACACUCGAAUUUUCUGAUAGUGGGUAUGAUGUUGUUUGGAACCUACUAUUAGAAAGGUUUAACAAUACUUUUUUGUUGGUUAAUAAUAACUUAAAAUGUUUGGUUAAUUUGCCAGAAAUACAAAAGGAAAAUGCUGUUGAUCUUCGGAAAAUGUUGGAUAUUUUAGUUAAAAAUCUUAGAUCGCUUAACUCAUUGGAGGUGAAUACAGAACACUGGGAUAUAUUGGUUAUAUUUUUAGCAUGUUCAAAACUUGAUUCGCAUACAAAAAGAGAGUGGGAGGAAGGAAAAUUUUGA